AUGUUUUAAUCAUAUGUAAAUAAUCGAAAAUUGAAAACAGAGUCAAGUAAAAUCAUUCAAACUGUUAGAAUGACUAAAGAAUUAUAAAGACCAUAUGAACAUAAAAAUUAUUCUUUUGAAUUUCCUAAUUACUAUGAUUAAUUACCUAAAAAACUUAGGUGUUAAUCAACUUAUUCAAAAUUAUAUGGUUUCAGAUCUCAUAAAUACUAAUUAUUUCAUGACAUCAUUUCUGAAUUUGCUGAACAUAAAAAAUAAAGAUUGGCUAAUGUAAUCAUACAAAAUCUAAGUAAUCAUAUUUGUAUUAAGAAUCAACAGAAAAAUCUAAUCUACCAUCCUAGAGUUCAGCUCGUAACUUAUUCUCAAAGAAUACACCAAACUUAAAUCAUAAUUAUAGUUAAUUUAUGAAAAAAGUUAAAGAUUUCAAAAUUGCUGAACAAAAUAUCAUCACACAAACUCCCAAGUAUUUAUUCAUUCAUUAUUAGUUCAAUAUGUAUAUCUCUUACAAGACAACCCUCCCUUGAACAAGUCUUUGAUACCAAAUAAACCAUUACUCUAAGUUGCUCAAGAAAACAAAGUCCAAAAAUACUGUUCAGUAUUACACUAUCUAAAUUUUAGAACCUUAAUAAUUUAUAUUAAAAUCCAAGUUCAAAACCAAUAAUGCUCUUGAAAAAAUAUUGACUGAAACCAGAAAUUAAAUCAAAACUUCAUAAUCUCCUAGAUCUGUAUAAGUAAGUCAACACAAAAAGACCAAGUCUCAACCUACUAAAGUGUAUACUGAAUAAAAUAAACUCUUAUAAAGAGUCAUACUUAAAACUAAGUUGAAUUAAUGA